AUGGAAGAGACAGGCUCUAAUAUUUACUUGCCAUCGCCAUGGUCUAAAAUUACUCAGCCAUCUGUUGCUGAAUCUGAAAGUAUCAUUCAUGUUACCGGUAACACAAUAGAAGAAGUACAAAAGGCUACUUCUCUACUUAAAAAGAUGCUUCCACAAAAGAUCAAACUGAUGUGUAACUCCCAAUCUGUACUAAACCCCCGAAAAAGGGAUUGGUUACUCUUGUACAAGAAGCAAGACUUGACAAAAAUAAUGAGAGAUAAUGGUUCAUACAUAUCCUUUUCAACCUUUGGUUCCGAAAAGAGUCAAAUACAGGUGUACGCCGAAAAUAACAUUAAUGUCGAAAGAACACUCCGAUCCCUAAACUAUCUGACAAGUCAUAUAUUCCAAGCAAUGAUUUACGUGAACACAGUUCAGUCAGCGGAUUUAGUUGCACGCUUGUCACAGGAUUCUGGAGCGGAAGUCAUUUAUCGUACAGACGUAAAUCAAUUUGAAAUUACAGGAUCUAAGGAACAAAUUCAAUCUGCCGUUCAAAUUAUACGUGGACUACCAAUUUCGCAAGAACAACAUAAAUCAGUGAUUUUUUCGAUUGAAUUAGCAUUGGACCAACGAGAAUUUAUUAGUGGGAAAAAGAACGGCAAGAUCAAUAAGAUUAUGAAGUCGUGUGACGCUGAAAUUCAGUUUGAAGCAUUUAAUGACUUUAACUUUAUAAUCACCAUUGAAAGCGAAGAUUUCUUUAAAGCAAAAGAUGGAUUGGAUUCAUUGCAGAAUGAAUUACCUGCAGAAAUUUCAUUCUUUGUGCCAGAGAUUUGUCAUCGUCGUAUCAUUGGUGUAGCAGGUAAAAAUAUUCAACGUGUCAUGAAACAAUACGGUGUUUACGUCAAAUUCUCAAGCAAUGACGAACUGGCCACGUUUGGUGGCUAUUUUGAAAAUGAGCAUAAUGUGGUAGCAAGAACACCCGAGAAAAAUAUUCACAGUCUUCAAAAGUUAAAAGCAGCCGUCAUGGAGUUUAUUACUUUUCAAAAGGACCGUGAUUAUGUGUCUAGGUCAGAGUAUGUUCCCACCUAUGCACAAAGAAAUAUUUUUUACCUGAAUGGAAAAUACCUGCGUGAUAAAGGAAGAUUGUACAACUCUAAAAUUAUCUGGCCCGAAAGAAAUGGUACAGACCAUGUGCUCAUCAUUGGUCCGCAGUCUCAUAUUGAAGAAAUGCAGUCCAGAGUACAAAGUUUGUUACCGCAGUUUAUUGAUAUUCAAGUCCCUGCUUCCGUCGUCCUGGAAACCAUUCUCGAAUCACCCCAAAUUGAAGAUUUACAAGACAAAAUCUACACCAAAACGGCUGUCUUUUUGAUUUUACCGGAAACACUUGUCACCACCCAUUCAACCACAGAAGAUGCUGUCUUGAAGAUUCAAGGCAGAAACACAAGCAUUUCCUUGUUUGCUGCCAACGACUGUCGUGUAUUGACUUUCAAACUUUGCUUUGAUACCAAUUCAAAGAAUGCUCUUUCCAAGGCACGCCAUAUGUUUGAUGCUUUCAUGGAUAGUCGCUCUGUCCCUGUAGAUGAUACUUUACAUAACAAUACUUUUAACGGCUCUCCUAGUCCCGAAGAUAUACGUCACAUCAGUCCUUCUGUGAUGCAUCACAUCGAUCACCCUGAAUCAUGUAUGUAA